AUGGCUACAGACCAUUCGCUUUCAUUAGAGAUUAAUGGAAAGCAGAGCUGUGAUGGCAAUACUAAAGCUCGCAGCAUUAGACAGAUGAUUAAUUCUAUUGUCCAUUUUGACUGCUUUUCUUCUGGAAAAACUACAACAGAAGUUGUUAACGUAGAGGAAGAUUUAGAAGAGCACUCAGCAGUUCAUCCAAAGAUGGAGAAGAAACGUGGAGGAUGGAAGACUUUUCCUUUUAUUAUCGGAAAUGAGCUAUGCGCUGCAGCAGCAAUCACAGGCCUGGCUGCAAAUAUGAUCGUUUACUUGAUUACAAAGUUUAACAUAAAAAGUAUUGAAGCCACUCAUAUCAUCAACAUAUCAAGUGGAGGGAAUGAUCUCUCUCCAUUGAUUGGGGCAUUCCUUGCAGAUGCAUAUCUUGGCCGUUAUUGGGCUAUUUCCAUUGGUUCAUUUCUCUCAUUUAGUGCAAUGGUCAUUCUAAUGCUGACGGCCAUGAUAGACACCUUAAGACCACCUCCAUGUGGACCCCAGCUACAAGCUUUGGGAAGAUGCGAUGCUCCCAACAGAAAACAGUAUGCAGUUCUCUAUCUUUAUUUUGCCUUGACAAUUGCAGCAUCAGCUGGGAUAAGAUACAAUUCCGGGACUUUUGGAGCAGAUCAGUUUGAAAAGGGUAGUGCAAAAGGAAUGAGACAGAUUCAGAGUUACUUCAACUGGUAUUAUUGUGUGCUGUUUGUUUCAAUCGUGAUAGCCUCCACUGUAAUUGUGUAUAUUCAAUCCAGUAUAAGCUGGGCAAUGGGAUUUGGACUGUGUGUGCUACUAACAGGAAUAUCAAUGCUAUUUUUCUUCUCGGGGACAAAGUUGUACAAUCGUAUCCAUCCAGAGGGCAGUCCCUUCACAGGACUUGCCCAAGUGGUAGUGGCGUGCCUCAGAAAAAGAAACCUGCCAUUGCCUUCUAAUGAAGAGGAGUUGUACAGUGGAGAUGGAAGUGAGUCAGGGCUUCCCCUUACACAGCAGCUCAGGUUUCUCAACAAAGCAGCCAUUAAAACGGCGAAGGACUAUUCCUCAGACGGGCAUAUAAACCAGAACCCAUGGAGACUCUCCACAGUUGACCAAGUAGAACAACUUAAAUCCAUUAUUAAAACCUUGACGAUCUGGUCCUGUACAGUCAUCCCAGCCAUUCUGUAUACCCAGCAGAGCACAUUCUCAGUGUUGCAGGCAUUGACAAUGGACAGGCAUUUAGGUCCUCAUUUCAAAAUACCAGCGGCUUCUUACAUUGUCUUCAAUCUGUUGUCCUCUGCAAUAACAUUAUCCAUCUAUGAUAAAGUGUUGGUUCCGUUGGCAGAAAGCAAGGGGAUAAAAAUAACACAACUGAGAAGAAUAGGAACAGGUAUGGUUAUUGGUGCGAUAGGAAUGGCAGUAGCCGCCAUGGUGGAAAGAAAGCGUCUGAAUGCAGUCCAUGCAGAGGUAUCAGCGCUUUGGUUAGUUCCUCAACAUGUUAUAAUGGGGUUGGCAGAAGCGUUUUUGAGCGUAGGGAAAAUUGAUUUCUUUUAUGCUGAAUUUCCAGAAAUAGUACGCAGCACAGCUACAGCUUUGGUCGCUGCAGGGAUUGCAGCGGGCUACUACCUGAGCAGUUUGUUGGUGAGUAUCAUUCAUAAAAAUAGCGAUUGGCUUGCAAAUAACAUAAACGAAGGUCGUCUUGACUACUUUUAUACCCUUCUAUGCGUAAUGGGGGUUGUGAAUUUUGGCUACUUCUCAGCAUGCGCUCGCUGGUAUAAAUACAAGACAAAAAUCUAUGGUUCCAAUGAGAUCUCCCCUUCUUGAAAAAAUACAGUUCUACCUUGCUUUGUUAAAUGAUCUUAAUUUUGCGCUCAAGUCAAGCAUCUCAA